AUGUUAUUUAUUGGCAAGCUCAUUUUAGUUGCAUUUCCGUUCAUCAUUGCAGAAACAUCAGGUAGUUUUUAUAAUCAACUAAGGUUUGCAUCAAAUGCGUCAUGGAACGCUAAUGGUAUCACUGUUGCUAAUAGUACUUUGAUUGGAUUGCAUCCUUUUGAUAUUUUCAUUGAUAAAAAUAACACAAUCUAUGUUCCUAAACAAGAUUCGAAACAAAUCAUUCUUUUAUUCAAAGGAAACUUAACAUCAACAAGAAAUGUCUCUGCUAAUUUAUCGAAUUCAUUAACUAUUUUUGUCAAGACAUCAGAUGAUAUUUAUGUUGAUACAUAUUAUUCGAUUGGUGGUAUUAGUCGAAUAACAUCAAAUUCAGCAAUUCCAAUAUCAAGAAUGAAUUUAUGUUAUCAAUGUUCGGAUAUAUUUAUUAGUCAAAAUGAUCUUCUCUAUUGCUCAUUUACUGAAAAUCAUCAAGUUCUAGCUAGUUCAUUGAUUACUAGUUUGGAUCCAUUAUUAAUUGUUGCCGGAACAGGUAGUGUUGGUUCAACAUCAACUACGCUUCGAAAUCCUCUUGGAAUAUUUGUUGAUGAUACAAAUGACGAUUUAUAUGUUGCUGAUUGUAGAAAUAAUCGAAUUCAAUUAUUUAAAUCAAAAAGAUUAACGGCCACAACUGUAGCUGGAAGUGGGUCAAUCAAUGUGACAAUCGAUCUCAAUUAUCCAAGUGGAAUUGCAUUAGACAGUAGCAGCUAUUUAUUUAUUGUUGAUACGGGAAAUAAUCGUAUUAUUGCUGAAGGAUUAAAUGGUUUUCGUUGCAUAGUCGGAUGCACGAAUUCAUCUGGUUCAGCAUCGAAUCAACUAAAUAAUCCUUGGAGUUUAUCUUUCGAUAGUUAUGGAAAUCUUUUUAUUAGUGAUCAAGCAAAUAAUCGAAUACAGAAAUUUAAUUUUGUGUCAAGUUGUUAUGAUGGAAUUAAGAAUCAAGAUGAAACUGAUAUUGACUGUGGUGGUUCAAAUUGUUCAAAAUGUCCACUCACUAACACUUGUUUACUCAAUUCGGAUUGUUACAUCAACGAAUGCGAUACAACAUCGUACACAUGUCAAGCGACGUCUGGUAUUGCGCGAGGUGGCCAAGGUGGCUCCAUUUUUAGCGAUUUAGAUGUGGUUGGUUUGUACGGACGAACCUUUCCAAUAUCAAUUAUUUUAAGAUGCGGUAGCUAUAUCGAUGCCAUUCAAGUGACCUAUGAAACGAGUAACCAAACACAAGGUUCAGUAAUUACACAAGCGCCAAGAAGAGGUGGAACUAAUACAGGUCCACAUCAAUUCGAUUUACUUCCUGGCGAAAGAAUUGUGAAAGUUAACGGACGUAGUGGAACAUAUGUUAACGGCUUACAGUUUACCACGAGUACAGGAAACGUAAGCGCUUAUUGUGGUGGUUCUGGUGGCACAGCAUUUACCGAACAGUAUUCUGGCUAUGUUUUAUCAUAUAUAUCUGGCCGCUGCGGAAGUUGGUUAAAUCAAAUACAGUUUCAUUGGAUUCCUGCGUGA